AUGUUCCCUAGUAAAUUGUAUGAUUUACAAUUAACUCCUUCGCUAAAUAAGUUUAAUUCUGAUUUUUAAAGUGCUAAAUUGAUAGAGUCAUUUAGACAACUAUUAAUUGAGGACGAUAAGGAAAUAGUCACAUCCGCUAUGGAUCUAAUGAAAGCAAUUUCGUAUUCUCUGUAUGGCACAUGGUUUUAUUGGAAGGCUUUGAGCGAUAUUUGUCAAGGGGACGAUCUCAACACCAUAAGUUAAUAAUUGGAGAGAAAAAUCAUUAUUUAUGAUAUUUGUGAAGUUGAAGAUUUGAAAUGCCAGGUGAUUAAUUUUGGGUACAAGAAACGCAUAUAUUUGGCUCGAUAUUUGAAUUACUUUUAUGUGGUAGGUAAAAAGGGCACAUCUGAAAAGCAUAAGCUGGUAAGGGACAUCUUGAUGGAUGUUAUCAUUGAGAUAAUAGGGUUACCAAUUAGAAGACAUAAACGAUCUUAUUCCGAUGCUUUAAAGUAUCUUUCAGAUUAAAAGGAUAACCGAACAAAUAAAUUGAAUAUAAAAAAUGUGCCUCUGUCACCCUCAAACAUAUCACGUACAAGUCUACAAAUGCAAUUGUUGGAUGAGGUCAAUCAAGAGAGUGAUCUUCUCUUGAAGGAAUGCAAUUCUUUGAUUAAUAAUCCAACAAGUUAGAAUGAUCUUUUGCAAUCACUCAAUUUAAACUUACAAGAAGGCACAAACAUAUUGUCUAAUGUAAAUAUCAGAUAUUUUGGGACUUUGAAGUUUUACGACGAAGCAAGAUCUUAUGGCUUCAUAAUAAUGGACAUGGAUGGAAGUGAUUUGUUUGUUCAUUGUGAUGAUCUGACUAAGGCAGGCAUGACGAAGGAUUUCUUGAGAACAGCUAAGCAUGGAAAUAUAAUUAGAUUUUCAUUUCUUAUUCUUGAAUACUUUGGAAAGUACAACAAAAGUAGAAAAGCAGUCGAUUUGCAGUUUAUUCAAGGCCAACCAUAUUUCAUGUGA